AUGUCUACCAUCCAGCAACUUAAGAAUUUCAUUCGACACGGCAAGCAAGCUCGUGCCGCCCCCGAAGAGGCCCCACGAAAGACAGAACAGCAGCAAGCGCCUGCAGUCCAGCAUAAGAAUGCUUCAGACCCUAGCACUUACGCACGCUCACAAGAACCCGCCGGCCACGAUUAUGGCGACGACGAGUACUCACGCGGCAAGAGCAAGAAGCGCGUUGACGAUGAGAAGCUCGCCAAGCUUAUUGCUGAGGAGAAUGCUAGUAAGAGUAAAUUCCCUCGCUACCCUGGCCUCGAGCGCUGGGAGCUUGUCGACAAGAUGGGCGACGGCGCCUUCAGCAAUGUCUACCGCGCUCGCGAUACAACAGGCGUACAAGGCGAAGUUGCCAUCAAAGUCGUGCGCAAGUACGAGAUGAACAGCAUGCAGAAAGUCCCGAAGGCAGCAGAGCGAUCAAAUAUCCUCAAGGAGGUCCAAAUUAUGCGUCAGCUUGACCACCCCAACAUUAUCAAGCUCGUCGAAUUUUCCGAAUCCCGACAAUACUACUACAUCGUCCUCGAACUUGCCCCCGGUGGCGAGCUUUUCCACCAGAUUGUUCGCUUGACAUAUUUCAGCGAGGAAUUGUCACGACACGUUAUUCUUCAGGUCGCUCAAGCUUUAGAAUAUCUCCACGAAGAGAAGGGCGUCGUUCAUCGUGACAUCAAGCCUGAGAACAUUCUGUUUGAGCCCAUUCCUAUGGUGCCUUCAAAGCACCCUAAGCCCAAGCAGCCUGGUGACGAGGACAAGGUCGAUGAGGGUGAAUUCAUCCCUGGCCAGGGUGCCGGUGGAAUUGGUCGCAUCAAGAUUGCCGACUUCGGUCUUUCCAAGAUUGUCUGGGACAACCAGACCAUGACACCUUGUGGAACUGUCGGUUACACAGCACCUGAGAUCGUCAAGGACGAGCGCUACUCCAAGUCAGUCGACAUGUGGGCUCUGGGUUGUGUGCUGUACACUCUGCUCUGCGGUUUCCCACCAUUCUACGAUGAGAGUAUCGAGGUGCUCACUGAGAAGGUUGCCAAGGGCCAGUACACCUUCUUGUCUCCUUGGUGGGAUGAGAUCUCCAAGUCUGCCCAGGACCUUAUCAGCCAUCUGUUGACCGUGGAUCCUGAGAAGCGUUACACGAUCACCGAGUUCUUGGCUCAUCCCUGGAUUUCCGGAAACGGGCCUACUCCUCGGGAAGAGAUGAAGAAGGCUGAUGGUAUGCUCCGCGCCUUUGAUGCUACCAAGUUUGAGGAAGCUGGCCGACGAUACGACUUCCGAUCUCCUGGUGCUGUUAACCUGCGCGAGGUGUUUGAUGUCGGUUACGCCGUGCAUCGCCAGGAAGAAGAGGGCAAACGAAGGGCACAGAUUGGUCCCAAGGGCACACCGGCACGAUUCCUCGGUGGCCUCAACGAGGAAGACGAAGACGAAGACCACAUGGAGAUCGACGGCCAAGAAAACGAUGAUGCCAAGCCCAACGCAGCGACCAAGGCUCUCGAGCAGAGCAUGCGAAAGGCCAACAUCCGAGACCAGGAGCAACAACAACAACAGUCUCGGGGUCGCGAGCGGGAGCGAACUGAGAAGGGCUAUGGCCAGCACUCAGCGGCUGUCGCUGCGGCAGCUCGACAGCAGGUCCGCGACCGUAACCGCCAACGUGGAGCCUUUGAGCUCAAUUUGGACAACGCAACCCUGCUGGGCAAGCGAAACAAGAAGGUGCCCGUCAUGGGAGUAUGAGAAUCCCGCGAUCCAGAUACAUAUGGUGCCUCGAGAACAAGCUUGAGGCACGUUAGCCCUGGCGGUGCAGCAUUGCCGGAGCCAACACCUCUUGGGCGGCAUUCCACAGACAAGUCGUUAGCUAUCAACGAUGUUGGCUAAGGAUCACUGUCUGGGUACGACUGUUUCACAUUUUACUUAUUUGGAAAUUUUCUAGGUGACACAAUGACAAAUGUCGCCGAAGAAACACAGCAAAGGUUGCAGGGGAUGAAAGGUUAUUGGAGUGCAUUCAGGCGCACGGAGUACCGGGUUAUUAACGAAACCCUGGUGAUUUGGGACAAGACUUCUUCUAACGUUUUAUGUCAUGUAAUAUUUGUCAAAAGCCAGGGGCUUGCUUAUGCAUUGUUCAUUGGCUCUUGUCUUGAUAUCUAUAUCUCUGUUUGCUGGUGUCGGCGGAGCGUGCGAAGUGGGCAGCAGCAAUUAUCCGUUGGGCAACAUCAUCCAUAGGUUUGGAGUUUUGGAAUCUCUUUUUACCUUAUUUGAAAUGAAAUG